GUAUUCGCAUUUAGUAACGUGCUGUUCGACGAUCCAGAUCUCCCUUUUGCUCGGUCCACUCGAAAAGGAAAAACAAACGCUCUCCAUCGAAUUGGCAUACAUUUAGUGCCUUCCGAGCAAAAUGUCGGGCGAUGUGCAGCCGCGAAAGCGAAAGGAUAAGCGCCGAAAACGCGAUGAUCGCAAAUCCGAGGGCGAUGUUACAGUUCUGCGCCAAUCCAGCUUUCAAGAUGACGACGAAUCUUCGCACGGCGUUCACAUUACAAAGAUGGGAAACGAAGACCUCCACCUGCACGUGCACCACGAGCAUGGAACCGGGGGUCAUUGGUGUGCCAAGAUCAUAUUCUUCGCUCUAAUGGCCGUGCUACUUGGUUUAGUGGGUCUAAUCAUUAUGGAGAACCGUGGGCUGGAAGAUCUGGACACUCCAUUAUCGGAGUCACGAUUUUCAAAAGUCUUCGAUGGAUGGGUUGAUGAACAUCGGGAUGAGCAUGAUGCUCAUGACGUACACGAACACUCGGAAGAGGCUUUAGAUGAUCCUGAUGAGCAUGAUGAACACGAUGACCAUGAUGAUCAUGAAGAGGAAGAAGAACCCCUGUCAGAGGAAUUGGAAGAAGAAUUAGAAGAAGAGGAAGAGCCAACUCAGGAGGAGGAACCCGAGGCAGAUGAUGAUGAUGAAGAAGACGAAGAUGAGGAGAACAAUGCGGGAGAGAAUAUAACCGCGGAAGAUGCAGACGAAGAAGAGGAUGAGGAUAACGAGGAGGAAGGAACUGUGGAGGCCACUGUUGAAGCAACCACAGAAGCCACUGCGGAAGCCACUGCUGAAUACGAAGCUGAAGACGAGGAAGAUGAAGAAGCUGCAGCUGAUGAAGAUGAUGAUGUAGUGGAAUCCACUGAGGCCCCACCGUCAGAAGCUGAUGAGCAGGAUGACGAUGACGAAGACGAAAAAGAGCAGGAGGUAGAAGACUCUGUUGAACCCCAAAAAACAAAAUCUGUAGCUCAAAGUACGCCCGCCUCAGAUGAAAAAGAUGAUGAUGACGAUGAGAAACAAGAACAGGACAAUAAAGAUGCAGAUGACGAGGACGAAGAUGAUUUUGAGUCCCUCGACCAGCAGUUUAAUAAUGAUGAUGUGGAGCCAACGAAAGACGUAGAUAGCCAAGAGCAGGAUCAUGACCAGGAUGAUGAGGAGGUGCCCAAAGAAGAGGGCUCCUCUUGGUUGGCAUCACUUGCCGUUAAAUUUGGCGUUGGCGUUGCACUUGCCUUAGUUUCACGCCUUGUAUUGAUAAGGAAAAGUCCAAAUACAACUGAGGAUGAGCCCGCCCAAGAGACUAUAAUGAGGCGAAGAUUGACGAUUGCCACGGCCGAAGAUCACAUACCGGACGAUGUGGAGGAGUUGCCCCUACUAGACGAUGAAUACUCCGAGGAGGAAAUCGAAAUCGAAGAGGAAAUAGAGGUGGAGAUGAGUGACAUCGAGGAGAAUGAGGAAGAAGUUCGACACGAUAGCAACGAUAAUGUGGCCUCCAUGGCUAGUUACAUACCCGAGACUUUUGAACAACUAAGCUCUAUGUACAAGUUUGCCCAGGAGCCUGCAAAAGAAACUAAAUCCAACGAAAAUCGGAACGAUAAGGAUACAGGGCAGCCGGCCGGUUCAAGCGAUAUCACCUAUGUGGAGUACGAGGACGGAGCCAUUGAGGACUACGAGCAUGAUGAGGAUUCCGAUGAGGAUAUUACCGACGAGGAGGACGAAAUCUCUGAUGUCGACGACGCCGAUUUGAUGAACCGGCUUGAGGCCAAGUAUGGCCGCCUGCCUGUCAAGGAGUUCGAGAGUGAUCCAGACUCCGACGACCCCAGCUGGACACAAAUAAAGCCGAAAGAAGCUGCACCUGCUUCUCCCACAGAGAAAGAGGAUCCUUUCGAGCAGGAGUUGCGCAAGGCCAACCAGGAGAUGAUUAGGGAGAACUAUGCCCAAGCCCUACGAUCCUUUAACACGCUCACCACCAACUUCGCCGACGAGCCAUUGGCUCAUUUGGGAAAGGCUCGAGUCCUGGAACUCAUUUCCAAGAAGGAACUCAGCAAUCAGCGCCUGUGGGAGGCCAUCGAUGCUUACAAAAGAUAUUUGGCUUUUGGUGAACUAGUCAUCAACGAUAAGGAGUUCACGACCGCAGGCGAAAGUUGUAUUGAAAAUUUAAGAUUUUUGGGUUCCCAUCGACAGGCAACGAUGAUUCACGAGCUGCUAAUCGAGCGUUUGCCUAAGGAUCCCCGGCUGCGUAACCAACUCUCACUCACCUAUCUCAUGGUCAACAAUCUUCAGCAGGUUGAAAAGGUGGCAGUGGAAACCCUAAAACUUUGGCCAGACAAUGCAGUGGCACAACUUCACUAUGGAUUGGCUCUCAGGCAGCUCCAUGGAGAUUACAACAAAGCUCUUCCCUAUCUCAAAUAUGCUGUGGAAUCUCAGGAAGAAGGUACCCAAGAGGCGUUUUUCUAUUUAUCACUGGGUGAGACCUUGCAGCGCCUAUCUAAGAACUCAGAAUCUCUAGAAGUGUAUAGGAAAGGUGUUGCCAAAGGAUUCUUCGAUAGUCUCUAUCAGCGUUCGCUGUACAAUGAGCCCAGACUAAAAGCUCAACCUUUUUGGCAGCCUAAAGAAAUUGGCUAUGAAAGGCAAUUGGCGAAACUGAAACUCAAUUGGCGCGCAAUUCGCGAUGAGGGACUCGCCUUGCUUGGCAGAAGUGGAUUCUUCGAAGAUGAGGCAGAACAGCUGCGGGACAAAGGGGUUUGGCAGCAAUAUGAGCUAUAUACACAAGGACGUCGGGUGAAGGACAAUUGUCAAAGGGCACCUAUUACCUGUAGCCUGUUGCAGGAAUUUCCCGAAUCCAGCGGCUGUCGUCGGGGUCAAGUGAAGUUCAGUGUUAUGCAGGCAGGAACACAUGUGUGGCCGCAUUGUGGGCCAACGAAUUGUCGCUUAAGGGCACACCUCACGCUAUUAGCUCCAGAACCGGAAAAAACUUCAAUUCGCGUGGCAGAGCAGGAAAGAACGUGGCGUGAGGGGGAACUUUUCAUAUUCGACGACAGCUUUGAGCACGAGGUGUGGCACAAUGGAAGCCAACCCCGCCUAGUGCUCAUCCUAGACAUGUGGCACCCACAACUGACUAUCACCCAGCGCCGCAGUUUAGUACCCAUUUGAUAUGGAGUUGCUUGGUUCUUAAUAUAAAUUGUACCGGUUAUAGGCCUUUAAUUUAGCUAAAAUUAUCCUAAAUCGCAUCGUUCAUUGUUAGUUUAAUCGCCAUGUUGUAUAGACAUUUGUAAUUAUACCUCUUAAUCGUUAAGUUCGGUUUGAAUGCGUGUUUAGGCUAUGUAGACAUCAAUUAAUCUGUGUAUCAUUUACUAUUAGCGUUGGCUGGCAGCUUACCCUCGCUUUUGUACUCUACAGAAAUACAAAACCUUUUAGGAUUCGACAA